UGUGGCCGGCGCGGCGCGGGAGGGUCUCGGUCCGAGUGGCGGGCGAGCGCCCAGGUGAGCGGCGUGCUGCCCCUGGGUCUCCCGAGGGCGAGGCGCGGCCGGAGGGCAUCGACUCCGGCCGAGGAGAGCUACUGCGGUACGGGACGGAGGGGCGCGUGGGAACCGCGCCGAACCUGAACCGACCGCUGCGGAGCAGGACAGGUAUGAUCUUGGAGCUGGCCGCCAUGGAACUGAAAGUGUGGGUGGAUGGCAUCCAGCGGGUGGUCUGUGGGGUCUCAGAGCAGACCACCUGCCAGGAAGUGGUCAUAGCACUAGCCCAAGCAAUAGGCCAGACAGGCCGCUUCGUGCUUGUGCAGCGUCUUAGAGAGAAGGAGCGACAACUGCUGCCACAGGAAUGUCCAGUAGGUGCCCAGGCCACCUGUGGACAGUUUGCCAGUGACGUUCAGUUUGUCCUGAGGCGAACAGGACCCAGCUUGUCUGGGAGACCCUCCUCAGACAACUGUCCACCCCCGGAGCGAUGCCCAGUUCGUGCCAGCCUCCCCCCAAAGCCAAGAGCAGCACCUGGCCAUGAGCCCCGGAAAGCACUGACUUUCAGUUUGGGAUGUCCCAAGCUGGCUCCCAGUCCCCUACUCCCUGAGCCAGCAAUCUCAUCAGUACCCACACCAGGCACCUUUGCAGACCUGCAGGGCCUAGAGCUCAGAGUACAAAGGAAUGCCGAGGAGCUGGGCCAUGAGGCCUUCUGGGAACAGGAGCUUCGGAGGGAACAAGCCCGGGAGCGAGAGGGGCAGGCUCGCCUGCAAGCGCUGAGUGCAGCUACUGCUGAGCAUGCUGCUAGGCUUCAGGCUCUGGAUGCUCAGGCCUGUGCCUUGGAGGCUGAGCUUCGGUUGGCCACCGAGGACCCUGGGCCUCCCUUGGCUACAGCAUCUGCUACAGAACGCCUGCGCCAGGACCUGGCAAUCCAGGAGCAGCAGAGUGUGGAGGUGCAGGGUAGCCUGGCCCUGGUGAGCCGAGCUCUGGAGGCCGCUGAGCAUGCCUUGCAGGCCCAGGCUCAAGAGCUUGAGGAGCUGAACCGGGAACUCCGUCAGUGCAACCUGCAGCAAUUCAUCCAGCAGACAGGGGCUGCCCUACCACCCCACACACAGCCGGACAGAGUCCCCUCUAGCACAGAGGAUCUUCUGCCUCCAGAUAGUGAAGAGACCCUCCAAGGAACGCCCCAGCAUCGUGUCCUAGUGCCCAGCCUGAGUCCUGAGGGUAUGUCUGCCAGCCCCCCACCUGUGGGAUGGACCCUUCUUGGGCCUCAGCCUCCUCAGUUUGUUUCUUCCCCACAGCUUCCCACAUAUGGCAGGGCUCCUACAGGUAGCAACUCUGACCCAAGUGGGGCUGGCUGAAGAUAGAUGAGCCAGGACAGCUGGGAUGAGCUGCCUGGACAGCAGGCGUCUGUGGCCAGAGGAUUUCUUCCACGUGCAAUGGGAAGCUCUAGUGUCCUGGAGCUUCUGCUUCAGGCAGGUAGAGUGCUGUGUGGGUGUCACCCUAGUCCUUGCCAGUUGCCAAGUCCCCUGAAGAGGCUUAGGACGGCUCAGACCCACCCUGGUCCCAAGGGCCACUACUCCUUGUCGGGGAAGGGCAAGUAUGGACACUACAUUCACUUUAUGGGUGUGUGCUUGUCUAUGGGGCAAUGUCCUUCACUGUGUGUGUGCCACCUCCCCUGCCCCAACACUUAAGCAAUAAACUACUCAAAGUGCCUUGAGUGUGU